AUGCGGCCUAUAAGCUCCAGCCAUGCAACAGGCACCGUGGUCGGUGAACUGGAACAGCAACUUUUACAGGCUAAUCCGAUAUUAGAAGCUUUUGGAAAUGCAAAGACUGUUAAGAAUGACAAUUCAUCACGUUUUGGUAAAUUUAUUAGGAUUAAUUUUGAUGCAUCCGGCUACAUUGCUGGUGCUAAUAUUGAAACCUACCUUCUUGAAAAAUCUCGAGCUAUUCGACAGGCUAAAGAAGAAAGGACAUUCCACAUCUUUUAUCAGCUAUUAGUUGGAGCGACUCCAGAAUAUAAAAAGGAAUUCAUUAUUGAAGAUCCAAAAAAUUAUCAUUUCUUAACCAAUGGUAUGGUUUCGGUCCCUGGAGUUGAUGAUGCUGCUGAAUUUUCUGCUACUGUUGACUCAAUGAAAAUUAUGGGAAUGACCGAUGAAGAUCUUUCAGCGAUCUUCAGGAUAGUCAGUGCUGUGAUGUUGUUUGGAAGCAUGCAGUUCCGACAGGAAAGAAAUUCCGACCAGGCUACUCUCCCGGACAAUACAGUAGCUCAGAAGGUGGCUCAUCUGCUCGGUCUGUCCAUAACGGAUAUGACGAAGGCGUUUUUGAGACCAAGGAUAAAAGUAGGAAGGGACUUUGUGACCAAGGCCCAAACAAAAGAGCAGGUUGAAUUCGCUGUGGAAGCCAUUUCUAAAGCUUGCUACGAGAGGAUGUUUAGAUGGUUGGUUAACAGGAUCAACCGCUCGCUGGAUAGGACCAAAAGGCAGGGUGCAUCAUUUAUCGGUAUUCUCGAUAUGGCAGGAUUUGAAAUAUUUGAUUUGAAUUCUUUUGAGCAGCUGUGUAUCAACUACACAAAUGAAAAACUACAACAGCUAUUCAACCACACUAUGUUUAUCUUAGAACAGGAAGAGUAUCGUAGAGAAGGGAUCGAAUGGAAAUUCAUCGACUUCGGCCUGGAUCUCCAACCAACUAUUGACCUCAUUGAUAAACCGAUGGGUGUGAUGGCUCUUCUGGAUGAGGAAUGCUGGUUCCCUAAAGCUACUGAUAAAACAUUUGUCGACAAACUGGUCAGUGCUCAUAAUAUCCAUCCCAAGUUUCUCAAGACCGACUUCAGAGGCGUAGCUGAUUUCGCUAUUGUUCAUUAUGCUGGAAAGGUUGAUUAUUCAGCUAACCAGUGGCUGAUGAAAAAUAUGGACCCUCUAAAUGAAAAUGUGGUGUCUCUGCUGCAGUCCUCUCAGGACCCGUUUGUAGUUCACAUUUGGAAAGAUGCGGAAAUCGUAGGAAUGGCCCACCAAGCCCUCAGCGACACCCAGUUUGGAGCAAGAACUAGGAAGGGAAUGUUCCGGACUGUUUCGCAGUUGUAUAAAGAACAACUGGCUAAGUUGAUGAUUACGUUGAGAAAUACCAACCCCAACUUCGUGAGGUGUAUCCUUCCCAACCACGAGAAGAGAGCUGGCAAGAUUGACGCACCUCUCGUCUUGGACCAGCUCAAGUGCAAUGGUGUCUUGGAAGGAAUUAGGAUCUGUCGUCAAGGUUUUCCUAACAGAAUACCUUUCCAGGAAUUCAGACAAAGAUAUGAAUUGCUAACUCCUAACGCCAUCCCGAAAGGUUUCAUGGAUGGUAAGAAAGCAUGCGAGAAAAUGAUUUCUUCCUUGGAGCUUGAUCCUAACCUGUACCGGGUUGGUCAAUCCAAGAUUUUCUUCCGUGCUGGUGUCCUAGCUCAUCUGGAGGAGGAGAGAGACUACAAGAUCACAGACCUUAUUGUCAAUUUCCAAGCCUUCUGUAGGGGAUAUCUAGCAAGGAGAAACUAUCAGAAACGUAUGCAGCAACUCAAUGCUAUCAGGAUCAUCCAAAGAAACUGUUCUGCAUACUUGAAAUUGAGAAACUGGCAAUGGUGGCGUCUUUACACCAAGGUUAAACCUCUUCUUGAAGUUACCAAACAAGAAGAAAAGCUCACUCAGAAAGAAGAUGAACUAAAGCAAGUAAAAGAAAAACUGGAAACCCAACAAAGGACAAAAGAAGAAUAUGAAAGGAGGUUAGAUCUGGCUCUAGAAGAAAAGGCUGCUCUUGCAGAACAGUUGCAAGCUGAAGUAGAGCUAUGCGCUGAGGCAGAGGAGAUGCGUGCUCGAUUGGCUGUCCGGAAACAAGAGCUGGAAGAAAUCCUUCAUGAUCUUGAAGCCAGAAUAGAGGAAGAAGAGCAAAGAUCCAAUGUUUUAGCCAAUGAGAAAAAGAAACUUCAACUCAACAUACAGGACUUAGAAGAGCAACUGGAGGAGGAGGAAGCUGCACGUCAAAAGUUACAACUUGAGAAAGUGCAAUGUGAUGCUAGGCUUAAAAAAAUGGAAGAGGAUCUCGCUCUUGCAGAAGACACCAACAGCAAGCUUGUCAAGGAGAAGAAGGUUCUUGAAGAAAGGGCCAGUGACUUGGCUCAGACCCUUGCUGAAGAGGAAGAAAAAGCAAAGCAUCUUCUGAAGCUGAAGGCAAAGCAUGAAGCCAGUAUCGCUGAGUUGGAAGAGAGGUUGCUCAAAGACCACCAGCAGAGGCAGGAAAUGGAUCGAAAUAAGAGGAAGGUUGAAACCGAGGUCAAUGAUUUGAAAGAACAACUUAACGAAAGGAAAAUACAAGUAGAAGAACUUCAGCUCCAGUUAGGAAAGCGAGAAGAAGAACUUGCUCAGUCUUUGAUGAGGAUAGAUGAAGAAGCUGCAGGAAAAGCUGGCAUUCAAAAAGCACUCAGAGAAUUAGAGUCCCAACUUGCUGAGCUGCAGGAAGACCUAGACGCUGAAAAGAAUGCCAGAGCGAAGGCAGAGAAACAAAAACGUGAAUUAAAUGAGGAAUUGGAGGCAUUGAAGAAUGAACUUCUUGAUUCACUUGACACAACCGCAGCCCAACAAGAGCUGAGGACCAAAAGAGAACAGGAAUUGGCCACUCUUAAAAAGACAUUGGAGGAGGAGACACAGCUUCAUGAAGUCUCUUUGACCGAAAUGAGGCACAAGCAUACUCAGGAAGUUGCAGCUCUUAAUGAACAAAUGGAGUCACUGAAAAAGACUAAAGGAUCUCUGGAAAAAGCCAAGUCUCAGUUGGAAUCCGAGGCAGCUGAAUUGGCUAAUGAACUGUCCAGCGCUGGAACUAACAAGGCCGAAAGUGAACGUAGAAGAAAGCAGGCAGAGACAGCACUUCAAGAGACGUCAGCUCGCCUCGCGGAGGUCGAGAGGACAAAAGCUGAAAUGGCCGAAAAAAUGGCCAAACUGCAACAAGAAUCAGAUUCUAUUAACAAUCAGUUAGAAGAGGCUGAGCUGAAGGCAUCGGCUGCACUCAAAGCCUCAGCCACGAUGGAGUCACAACUGCUCGAAGCACAGGCUUUACUUGAGGAAGAGUCACGUCAGAAAUUGUCCUUAAGCUCAAAACUGCGACAAGUUGAAAGUGAGAAAGAGCAGCUCCAAGAACAGCUUGAAGAAGAGGAAGAGUCCAAGAAGAAUCUUGAAAAACAGAUCAUCGUACUUAAUCAGCAAUGUGCUGAGAUGAAGAAAAAAGCUGAAGAAGAAGGUGAACAAGUGGCACAGUUGGAGGAACUCCGUAAAAAAAUGCUCAAAGACAUUGAACUACUUCAGAGACAAGUUGAGGAAUUGCAAACAGCCAAUGACAAGCUCGACAAGAGCAAAAAGAAGCUGCAGUCGGAGCUUGAAGACAUCACCAUUGAUCUUGAAACACAGAGAGCAAAGGUUAUUGACUUGGAGAAGAGGCAGAGGAAUUUUGAUAAGACACUAGCAGAAGAAAAGGCAGUUGCUGAGCAAAAUGCUCUGGAACGUGAUGCUGCCGAGAGAGAAGCUAGAGAAAAGGAGACUCGAGUGCUGUCUCUUACCCGAGAACUUGAUGACCUCAUGGAAAAGGUGGAAGAACUUGAAAGAAGUAAACGCCAACUUCAAGCAGAACUUGAUGAAUUGGCCAACAAUCAAGGAACUGCAGAUAAGAACGUCCAUGAGCUCGAGAAAGCCAAACGAGUGCUCGAGUCCCAGUUGGCUGAACAGAAAGCCCAGAAUGAAGAGCUGGAGGACGAGUUGCAGAUGACUGAGGACGCCAAGCUCAGGCUUGAAGUCAACAUGCAGGCUCUCAGGGCGCAGUUCGAACGGGACCUUCAGAGCAAAGAAGAAGCAUGUGAAGAAAAGCGCCGAGGACUACAGAAACAGCUGAGAGAUGUAGAAUCAGAAUUAGAGGAUGAGAGGAAGCAGCGAACAGCCGCAGUUGCCGCAAGGAAGAAGCUGGAAUCUGACUUCAAGGACAUGGAGCAGCAGCUUGAGAUCCACUCCAAGCUCAAGGAAGACGCUCUGAAGCAGUUGAAAAAAUGCCAGGCUCAACUUAAGGAUGCAAUUCGUGAUGCUGAAGAGGCCAGACUCGGUAGAGAAGAACUUCAACAGUCUGCCAAAGAGGCCGAGCGGAAGCUGAAAGGAUUGGAAGCAGAACUGAUCCAAGUCCAAGAAGAACAGACUGCCAGCGAGAGGCAACGGAGGUCAGCUGAAGCUGAGCGUGACGAACUCCAGGAAGAGAUUGCUAACUUGUCCAAUAAGAUUUCAUUCUUAAUUGAUGAAAAGAGAAGGUUAGAGGCUCGCAUCUCAGCUUUGGAAGAGGAGUUAGAAGAAGAACAGAGCAACUCUGAAGUCUACAACGACAGGGCCCGUAAAGCUCAAAUGUCUCUGGAGCAAAUCACCUCAGAAUUGGGUACAGAAAGAAGUACUGCACAAAAAUUGGAAAGUACUAAAAUAAUUUUGGAGCGACAGAACAAAGAACUUAAGCAGAAACUCAAUGAGCUUGAAACAAACGUCCGCACAAAAACAAAAGCAACCAUUACAAAUCUCGAAUCCAAAAUUACAAAUAUAGAAGAACAACUUGAAGCUGAAGCAAAGGAAAAGCAGUUGCAACAGAAGGCUAACAGGAAGUUAGAGAAGAAGAUCAAAGAGUUAGUUGUCCAACUGGAAGAUGAGAGGAGGCAUGCUGACCAAUACAAAGAACAAGUAGAAAAGAUUAAUAAUCGAGUGAAAACUUUGAAACGUUCCUUGGACGAAGCUGAAGAAGAGAUGAGUAGAGAAAAGACAAUGAAGAGGAAAGCCCAACGGGAGCUUGAGGAUAUGAAAGAGGCUAAUGAGUCUCUCCUUAAAGAGUGUAAUAAUCUCAAGAAUAAAUUGAGAAGGGGAGGUGGCAUAUCAAGCCUAAGUUCGAGCCGACUAAGCUCAAGUAAACGAGGCUCGAUCACAACCGAAGAUCAGAAGGAAAUGAACAAUACCACGGAUGAUAGUUUAGAUGGCGAUGACUCUGCACCUUUAUAAACCUCAAUGGAUCAAUAUGGGAGCUAGCUGUAUGGAAAGUUAACCAUUUCAAUAUUCUACCAACAAUUUUGGAGUACAGCUAAUACCAGAAAUAAACGCUACCACGACUCUCAGCUUAUUAUAGGCCCGGAAACCGAUUCCGGUCGUACUUAUUAAAUACAAUUGUAAAUUCAUCGUUGUAGUUAGUGUUAACAAUAAAAAAGAAAAUUGUAAAAAAAAGAAAAGAAAAAAAAAGAAACUUUUGUACAAUAUGUCUGGUGCCAAAACAGAAAAAAAAAUUGUAAUUAUUUAAAAAGUAAUAGAGCCCAGAACAAUUGCCCAUCAUGGGUCAAUAACAUUAUUGUAUUAUUGUUUGCAUUUUCUAAAUGUAUUUGUAAGAAAUUGGAUCUUCCAUUGUGUUUAAAUUAAGUACACAACAUUCCCCAUCCACUCGUGAGAUUCUCACAAGUUUUCUAAUCAUAUUUAUUUAUUACUAAUAACAUUCAUGAGCUAUUUAUGUAUCUUAUUUUUUUUUUAUUAUUAAUGAUUUAUCUCAAUAUAUAUACAUUAUAAAUAUAUAUAUAUAUCAUAGAUAUGUCGAUAUUGUAAGCCAAGAUGCCUUAAGUAUUUCGGCUUUUCUUAUGUUAGUUGUUAAUGGAGAAGCCUGAAAAAUAUUUACAUAAGCGGUACUUUGGUGUACAGAUUUUAUAAAAUAAAAAUUAAUUUUAUGAUAAGAAUUGUGUCAUAUUUAAUUGUACUGUAAUUAUUACGGUUUGUACCUAAAGUGAGCUAAAAUGAAGUAAGCUAUGCCUAUUUUUGUAUUAAAUAGGACUUGAUAGAACGCUGUGUAUUUGUACUGGAAUAAUGUAAUAUAUUAUGUAACCCAUUCCUCAAAGUGAAUAUCAUUUUAUCAAGAAAUUUAUACAUAAUUUAAGUUUUUCUUUUUUCAGUAUUUAUAUAUACACAUAAUUGAUUAUAAUUACCACGCCUCUCUUGAUUGUUACAGUGUGAUUGUAUAAGUAUCAUAUGCUUGAGAGAUUUUUGUUAUAAUUUGUAUGAACGGUUGUGUAAAUAUUUUUUUAAAUAACACCCAGCCUGCUGUGAGCAAACUACGGGAUAAUAAUUGCAUAGGUUGAGGUAUAUAUAUUAAACAAAAAAUAAAAAAAAAAUUUAAAAAGUAAAUAAAAAGCAAAAAUUUGAACAGUAUAUAAAGCCGUGAAAUCAGAUGUAACGGGCUAUUUAAAUAAAAAUAUGGUGAAUCAAAUUUAUGUGUAAUUACUCUUGUUCUUUAAUCCCUUUUAUAGUUUUUUAACUAAAAAAAUAUAUAUAUAUAUAUGCGUAUGACAGUGCUAUUUAUUUAAUUAUUUUAGUUGAUGCAUAAAAAUAUAUAUAAAGCUAAGCAAACCAGAAGUUUGAUGUCAUUACCACUUCCUUCAUGUAAUACCAUCUCCUAAGAGAUAAAAAAAAAAUAUGGACAAUUCUGUAGUUUCACUGUUCUAAGAUUCAUCAAGGAGAAAGAAGUCUCUUUGGCAAUGAAGAUGAAUAUGAUAUGGAUUUCAUUGACAUGUAACUUUUGGUUUAUUUUAAUAAUUUUUCUUGUUCAAAAAUUAAGAUAACUUUGAUUUAAUUAUUUUCAAUAAAAUAAU